CUCUCUUGGUCUUUGCUCACUGGCGCUUCCUUUCCCAGCAUCCCUCGCGGCCGUAGCGGAGUCCGUUCCUGCUGGGUGACCUUCGCUGGCAGCCUCCCGGCAGUAACGAUGGUGCAGUCAAUGCUUCCCCAGUCAUUGAAGGCCAUGAAAUUCUACUUUACCACCGUGUAUCAAGAAAUAUGGGUUGGUGUAGCAUUAACUGCUUAUGCCUAUUACAAGAUUUCUUAUGGCGGCAAGAAAGCAGUGGCAGACAAGUCCUCUGGUGCUGGCCAUCAUUAAAGACAUCUUUUCUUCUUGGAGUAUGAAUUUGGUGGUUUGUCAUUUUUACUGUACAUGAAGCAAGUCAAAACCACAGGGAAGAUAAAUCUAAAACUGUAUCUGAUCCAUCUGGUGUAAGAAUAAAUCCCUUGAGCAACAAGGCCAUUAAACAUGUUGAAAAAGUA